AUGCAUUCCCCGAAGAGUCCACCCCCCGAAAAAUCCAUUCCCCGAAAAGUCUUCCCCGAAAAUGCAUUCCCCGAAACUGCAUUCCCCGAAAAGUCCCGCUCCGACACGAACUUGGUUUAUCGGGGCGGUAAUGAUUGUUAAAGUUGUAGGAAAGAAGUUAUAUAAUGAUGGGUUUUGUCCUGUAUAUUUUUUAAAAACCACAUAUACUUGGUUAAACUCUAUAACUAGAAGUAUUGGUCCAGUAAAAGAAAUUGGAAAAGAACGUCUUCAAACUUUUCGCAGCGUAAUAGCUCUCGAUAUUCAAUUACUUGAAUAACAUGUUUAUCCUAACGUGUAUCGAGAAGCAGCCAUUCCUACUUCUUUGGUACUGCUUUAAUCUACAGAAUGUAAGACCUAGCUAGCUAGUAACUAGUUUUAAAUAUUUUGUUUUUAUGUUAAUAUUAACAUAAGAACGACAAGGUAAAACUUGAAUUUCAAUUAAUCUAAUAUCAACUUUUAAAAAACUAUUUAAAAAUGAAAAUUUUUACGACAAUAUACCUAUAUUUACUGUGUAUCCUAUUAGUAUUAUCUGAUAAACGCAAAAUUGGAGUUUUGGUUAUAGUAGAUGAUGAUCACAAUACUCAAUUGCUCAGUGAACGAGUUAAGGUAAGUUAAUUGAAAAUGGUUUGAAGUUUUUCGAGUUAUAAACAUACUAUACAAAUAUUGUUUUGUAUUGAAAGGAAGUGUUUUAGUCCACGAUAAACGAUGAAGUACGAGAGAUGGAAAUGAACGCCCAAAUCUUUGAAUGGAAGGUCCAACAGGAUGGAAAAGAUAGGUAAAAUUGGCUUUUUGAAUCGGAUUUGUUACCUAAUUUGAAAUAAAUUUUAUAGUCUUUCUUUUCAAAAAGUUUAAACACCGUAACCCUUAUCUAAGUUUAAAUAAACCUUGUUUUAGUGACAUUAACCGCCUGUUUGUAACGAAAGAACUGGUAUGCCGCGACCUUCUCAACAGCUCAAUGGCCGUUCUGAUGGUCCAAUGCACUCAGACAGAAAACAACGCAGCUUUGGCAGUAUUCUCCGCAGUCAGCUAUGCCUUAGGCUUCUAUAAAGUACCAGUUCUGGGUGUUAUGAUCAAGGAUGCACAAUUCUCGCAGAAAAACGUUCAUUCAACGUUCCUAAGAACGUCGCCUCCGUUUAGCAAUGAAGCCUUUGUUUUUGUGCACCUAUUAAAUGCUUUGAAGUAUCGUCAAGUCGUGCUGAUAACAAUUGCUGGAGAUGUGAAUGGUCAGGAGUUUCUACAGGUCUUCGAUGAUCUGACUUUUCCGAAUAAAAUACAGGUAAGCAUGUUUAAUAUAAUGAAAUUGUUAAUAAGACACAUGAACAAAUGAAUUUUGAAGGAAAUACUCGUUUUAAAGCUUAAAAUUCAUUUUUAAAAAUUUUAAAAAAGGAAUAAUUUACUGAAAAUUUUUUUUAAUUCAUCGUAUAACAUGUCUUCAUUAGCUCGCGCACGCUUUGUUUUAGCAAAAUAACUUCGUUUUUCGGCUAAAUAUUGAUAAAUGUUGUUUAGGUACAAAAACACAUUGAACUGGACAUAAACUGGACAUAGGAAUAAUUUACUGAAAAUUUUUUUAAAUUCAUCGUAUAACAUGUCUUCAUUAGCUCGCGCACGCUUUGUUUUAGCAAAAUUACUUCGUUUUUCGGCUAAAUAUUGAUAAAUGUUGUUUAGGUACAAAAACACAUUGAACUGGACAUAAACGACUUCAAUGUGACCGAAUCUUUGAAAGGAACAACCUCCAAUACUAUAAUAUUAUAUGCCAAGACCUCAAAGGCCUACAGAAUCUUCGAACGCGCAUCAGAAUUGUUUGUGCGCGGCCGAGUUUGGUUUGUGAACGAAGCCGGAUUCAAAGCCUACAACGUUCCAGUCGGUGUAUUGUCUGUAAGAUUGCGACAAACAACCUUAAGUUCGUUGAGAGAUGCGUUGGCCGUGCUGAAGGAAGGACUGACAGUGUUUGAUGGGGUGGAGGAUGUACAACCACCUCCACAAUGUCAGAUUCGGAAGAACAACGACUGGAUCAAUUUUAUGGGACAACAGUUUUACGACAAGAUGAUUGCUUCGAAAGUGGAGAGUGACUACUACAAUAUUAUGUUUGAUGAGAAUGGUGAUCGGACUCAUGCGUCGUACGAUGUUCUGAAUAGGCAGCCAGAAGGGGAUGUUAUUGUAGGGUAUAUGGUAAGUUUUGGACUUUACUUCUCUUUGUUGGAGUAAAGAAUUCGGAAAAACAUUUACAACAUCUUUAGUGAGGCUUUCAGCUACUAUAGUAUUACAUUUUGGACUAUAUUUUAACAAAAUUAUAUUUUUAAAUUACGAAAAAAAUGUAAUAUUACUAUAAGAACGUAUAUGCUUUCAGAGAAUUACACUAUAAGAAUAUAAGAUUACCUUAUUUCAGACUCAUUACGGUAACUUGUCGAUGAAUGAAAGUACUAUAAUAUGGCCAGGAAAGAGUCAAAGGAAGCCUCAAGAAAUUACAUUGCCAAAGUUUUUAAAAGCAGUCACAGUACCAGAUGCACCAUUUGCCUAUUCGAUUCCAGUCGCCGAGAAGAGUCAGUGUAGAUAUUACACUACAAUGUUGGUCGAGGGAGUUUACGUGGUAAGUUGACAUAGUAUAAUUAAUACUGUGUUUGAAUAGGUUUUGGCAUGAAUUAAAAAGAUUAAAUAAGUUAUUUUUUCUUUACUUUUGGACCGCAAUACAACCAUAUUUCAGCCAGGACCAUGGACCUCGUGUACGAAGCGAGAGAAUGCCACUUAUACAUCGUAUCAUUGUUGUGCUGGGUUCGCCAUUGAAUUGCUGAGUCUGAUCUCCACUAUUGACUCCAAUUCCGAUACCAACUUCAAGUUUGAACUGCAUUUGAAUGACACGUACGGAGGUUCAUUGGUGACCGAAGAUGACAUUAUACUGAACGGCAUGAUCGGAGAACUGGACGUUGGUUUAGCUGAUCUGGCAGUUGGAGCUUUGUCCAUUAAUCCGGAACGUGAACGAUACGUUGAUUUCAGUGAACCAUGGUUGUUCCAUGGUAUACGAGUCCUGGAGAAGUGGGUAGGUUGAGAUUUAUUUUGUGGUAGGUUGGUUUUGAGUGGUGGUAUUUUCGUUUUGAAUGUCGUGGUAUGUCGUUUUUGAGUAAUCUACUUUGUGCAUAAUAUUAUACUAUAUGAUACAAAGAUUCAGACUUGAUAUUGCGACUUCAAUAAGCUAUUUUUCAUAUUUUUUGUUCACAAUAAUGGAGCUUGUCGUAUUUUACAGCAACCACGAGAUUCACCGAUGGAAUCUUUUCUACAGCCUUUGAAGAAGAGUUUGUGGGGAGCACUGUUUGUUUCUGUACUUGUCAUUGGAUGUAUAAUUUAUUUUUUGGAUUGGAGGUAAUGUAAAAAUUUGUAAAAAUGGCAUAGUAAGCCUAAACUAACUAAGAAUUUUUAAUAAAUUAAAAAAAAUUUUUUUAUAUACAGUUUCAAACUAAAACACUGUAAUUCACAACGUUUUCUGAUAGUUACGAUAUUUAUUUUGAAGAUUCAAAAAUUGUUAUUCUAUUUUACAGAUCACCCUUUAACAUACCGUACCACAAAGACAUCUUCACGCGGCCUGAACUCGAGGAUACUCCAGUUUCGUUUGGAGAAGCCAUGUGGUUUGUCUGGGGCGUUCUGUUGAAUUCUGGAGUCAGUGAAAGUACGUCGAUAGAUUUACUUUUCAUAGCAAGCAUACGUUGAUUUCAGUGAAUCAUCGCUGUUUUAUGGUAUACGUGUAAUACAAUGUACUUUGCAAUUUUGAUACGUUUUUUGGCUGUUAUUACUGUAGACAACUUGUUAUCGUAAUAACAGUCAAAUUAUAUUUUUUUGAGAAUAGUAAGGAGUUAUGAAGUAUAGUUCAUGCUUUUAAACAUGAGGUAUAAAGCAAUAAUUUUUCAGAAACUCCACGGUCGUUUUCAGCAAGAGUUUUGGGAAUUGUUUGGUGUGGCUUCUGUAUGAUUAUGGUAGCAUCAUACACGGCGAAUCUAGCCGCUUUUUUGGUGUUAGAUCAGCCGGAUAAGAGCUUGAACGGAAUCAAUGAUCCAAAGGCAAGGUUUUCUAUCUAAUACAUUGAUUAGAACCAAAUCUUGGUUGAGCUUGGCUGGCUGAGUCUGAAAGUUGACUUGAACUGUCGGUAAUCUUAUUAUACUUGUCCUUGCAGUAAUGUUGUUAUAGUGAUGUCACAUUUACAGCCUCUAGGUCAAUAAGGAUUUAUUGAAGAUUUGAUACAAGUAUUUUUAGUUUCGAAAUCCGUCUAUAAACUUUUCAUUUGGAACGGUUAUUUAUUCAAAUACGUAUCAGUACUUCAAACGUCAAGUAGAGUUGAGCACGAUGUUCAGAAAGAUGGAGAGUCACAAUUACAAAUCGGCCAAAGAAGCAAUUGGGGCUUUACUCAACGAGUAAGUUUAAUAAUCAAAAUUGUUUUGAAAAAAAAAACUUUUUUGAGUAAAAGGUAGCAAGGGUCGCUGUAUCGAUACCAAGUAAGUUUAUAAAUUAUUUCGCCUAAAAGACUACAGUUAUACAUAAUGUACUGCUUUAGAAGCCUCGGGGCUUUUAUUUGGGAUUCAGCUCGAUUGGAUUUCGAAGCUUCGAAGAAUUGUGAGUUGAGAGUUAGAGGUACCUUGUUUGGAAGGUCAGCUUACGGCAUUGGAUUGAGGAAGAAUUCACCAUGGACUCCGUACAUUACUUCUGGGAUUCUGAAACUCGCUGAAAGUAUGAUAUUCAUCGAAACUUAGAAGUUUUUUGAAAUAAUUUUUUAGUUUUAGGUUUUUUUGGCUUUUAAAGGUGAUAUAAGUAAUGUCUAAAGCUAUUUAAAAUUUUUUUUUGUUUUUAUAAUGCUUUAUGUGUGGUUGAUCGUAUACGACCUGAAGAUAUCUGUUUCAGAAGGCGAGAUCCAGAAGUUGGAACACAAAUGGAUAAACUCAGCUGGAAAAGAGAAAUGUCAUCAUGAAGUUCAUAAGACGCCAGCAAGGUUGGGCCUACAGAACAUGAGAGAUCUCUUCAUCUUGGUGGCUGUCGGAGUCGUUUUUGGGUCGAUUCUCAGCUUUUUCGAAGUUCAUUGGGGACGAAAGAAGCAGAAGGAGGGGUAAGAUUACGUACGACUUUUGAGCCGGAACUUAAACGGGGGCUUACUUGGCGCGGCUCGGCCUUGGCUGGGCACACGUGUGCUUGAGGGCCGGACCAAGCAGUUGGGCUCGGUCUCUUUACUGGUCUAAAAAAAGGUAGUUUUACUGGUUUAAAACUGACCAAGUCAUUACAUUACAGUAAGCGCAAACGGCUAGCUGUCAGCUAUGGUCAACGUUGGCGUCAACGUGCACGACAACAAUCAACCGACUCUGACACAGUGAAGUGUGUUGAGGAAGCUAAUGAUAACCAUGAUUUGGUAAUAACUUUUUUUUUAAAUUACGUAUUUUUUAACUGUUUAGUACUGUGUAGUAUUUUACCUAACUUUUUACCAUUUUUUAAAGAAAAAGGUUAUUUCUGCUAGUUUUAAGUAAUAAAAAGUUUUUUUCAACCAUUUAAAGUAACGUUUUUUAAUUUAGAGUCUACCGAAAAAGGUAACCAACUUGAACUUUGACAAUCGACCGUGCCGAGUAUAUUGUAGUAGGUGUCGGAAAGCCGUGACUACCAUUCCAAAACCAGUUAUUGGAACUUUUGCCGUAAUAUGCUCCAUAGUGCUGAUAGCUACUCUCAUGUGGCCAUGUGCUGUAAUUCCAUGUAUUUUGAGGGUGUUUGCUGAUUAUUAUCACUUUUGUCCGAUUUGUAAUCACAAGAUCGGGCAGUAUCGGAAGUUCAGAAGUCCUAGGUUUUUCGUGUAG